AAAGUUGGACUACUAGUGAUCUCGGAUACAGCGUCUAAGGACAACUCAGAAGAUAAAACGUCCGUCAAGAUUGAAGAAUUCUUUGCCAACUCUGAGUUAAAUCCAGGAUAUGAGAUAAUCAAGAAGGAUAUUAUACCUGAUGAUAUUGGACAAAUUCAAUUGAAAUUAAGACAAUGGACUGAAACUGAUGAAUUGAAAUUGAUCUUAACAUCUGGUGGUACUGGGUUCAGUGAUAGAGAUGUCACACCUGAAGCUGUGAAGCCAUUGAUUGAAAAAGAAGCGAGUGGUAUUGUUCACACCAUGAUGAGUUAUUCAUUGAAAAUUACCCCCUAUGCAAUGAUGUCAAGACCUGUUGCUGGUAUCAGAAAUAAGACUUUGAUAGUAACAAUCCCAGGCUCACCAAAAGGUGCAGUGGAAAACAUUGAAGGUAUAAUUGGUGUUUUGGGCCAUGCUUUAAAACAAAUUGGUUCAGCAGGAUCGAGACAUUUACACAAGUCAGAGCCAAAGGCUAAAGAGCAUACACAUUCUCAUAGCCAUGGUCAUCAUCACCACCAUCAUCAUCAUGCUCAUGAAGGUGGCCAUCAUGGUGUCAAACGUCAUAUCUUGUCAAAUGAUUUAAGUAAACCAAUCACUCAAAGGGCAAGAGAAUCACCAUACCCAAUGAUCGAAGUCAAUGAAGCCUUCAAACUUAUCAAUGAAUUCACGCCUUCUCCUCAAGUCGAAAUCAAAAAAAUCAAUGAUCCUUCAAUUACUGGAUAUAUCGUUGCAGAAGAUAUUUAUGCCAACAUAAAUGUUCCAAAUUUUAGAGCUAGUAUAGUGGAUGGGUAUGCUGUUAUAAACUCAGAUGGCGCAGGUGUUUAUAAAGUUGUACAAGUGUCACAUGCAUCUCCUAGUGUUUCUUCAACUUUGCAAAAAGGCACAAUUGCAAGAGUCACCACUGGUGCGCCAAUUCCCGAUGGUGCUAAUGCAGUUGUCCCAGUUGAAGAAACAGAGUUGAUUUCAACUAAAGAUGAAGGAGAAGAGGAAGAUGAGGUUAAAAUUUUGGCAACUAAUGUUGAAGAGAACGAUAAUGUUAGAGGUGAAGGUACUGAUAUUGCAAAAGGUGAUUUGGCGUUGGCUAAAGGCUCACAAAUAUCACCAGUUGGUGGCGAAAUUGGAUUAUUAGCUAGUAUUGGUGUGACUUCGCUCAAAGUUUUCAAGAAACCUAAGAUUGGUAUUUUAUCUACUGGUGAUGAAUUGGUUGAUCUUGGUGAGAAUUGUCCAACUGGUGAACUGAAAUUUGGUCAAAUUUAUGAUACCAAUAGACCUUUAUUAUUACAAACUUUCCGCAAUUGGGGGUACGAGACCAAAGAUUUAGGGAUAGCCAAAGACACAUCGAAAGCUACAGAGGCAACAAUUAGAAAGGCAUUCCUCGAAGAUGAUUUAGAUUAUAUUAUAACUACUGGUGGUGUUUCAAUGGGUGAAUUAGAUUUGUUGAAGCCAACGAUUGAACGUCAAUUAGGAGGAAUAAUUCAUUUUGGAAGAGUUGCAAUGAAACCAGGUAAGCCUUCUACUUUUGCAACGAUUGAAGUCAAGGGAAAGAGAAAGGUUAUCUUUGCAUUACCUGGUAAUCCAGCUUCUGCUAGUGUUACUUCACAUCUGUUUGUUUUACCUUCUUUGAGGAAAUUCAGUGGAGUUAUAAAUUUGCAAGAUCCUAAAGAAUUGCCAGGAUUCUCCAAAGUGAAUGUUACGUUAACAAAGCAAACCAAGCUUGAUCCAAGACCUGAAUACCAAAGAGUUUAUAUUCAUCAAUCAACUAUAGGUGAUGAGUUGUUUGCAGACUCCACUGGAUUCCAAAGAAGUAGCCGUGUUGGAAGCUUGGCUGGUGCCAACGGUCUAUUGAUUCUU